UUAUACACAGUUAUUAGGUUGUUGUAACUGGUUGCUGGAAGUAUGAUGUGAAAAGGGUAACUUUGAUUUUUCAUCUUGCAGAACAAAAAAAAAAAAAAUAAUACAAACAAAAUAACUUGGAACUAUUCCAGGCUGAGACAUGGACAAUCAUAAGGGGGGAGGUACAGAUAGAGGUGGAGGCGAGACAAAAGAUAAACAAAAAGCUGAGGAGGUCAGUGAUGAAGAUAAGCAGGCCAAAAAUAAGCAGAACAAGUUGGAGAAAGAGAGCAGCAAGAAGGAGCCGAGAGCCCAUCCCAGAAGGGAGAACCGCCGGCGGUGUCAGUGGGCUCUGACGGAGCGUCUGGCCAUCAACGUGUCAGGGAUGCGUUAUGAGACCCAGCUGCGCACCCUCGCUCAGUUCCCAGACUCCCUGUUGGGUGACCCCCAGCGUCGAAUUCGCUACUUCGACCCUCUGCGGAAUGAAGUCUUCUUGGACAGAAACCGCAUCUGCUUUGACGCCAUCCUCUACUUCUAUCAGUCAGGUGGGAGGCUGCGGAGGCCCGCCAACAUCCCCCUGGACAUGUUCCUGGAGGAGCUGCGGUUCUAUGAGCUCGGAGAGGAGAUCAUCGACCGCUUCAAAGAGGAUGAAGGCUUCGCCAAAGAGGAGGAAAGACCUCUACCUGAAAAAAAGUGGCAGCAGCGAAUCUGGAUGCUGUUUGAGUAUCCGGAAUCUUCCAGCGGAGCCCGGAUCAUCGCCAUCAUCAGUGUCAUGGUCAUUGUGGUCUCCAUUCUCAUCUUCUGCCUGGAGACCCUGCCUGAGUUCAGAAAUGAAAAGGAGCGUAGGGAGGUGAGGAUGCUCAUAUCUACAAAACCGCAAUACUCCAUCACUCCUCACCCCAACAUAUCCAACAAGACCAUCUUGGUCUCACCUGGAUUCACUGCCUUCCAGGACCCAUUCUUCAUAGUAGAGACAAUCUGCAUCUGCUGGUUCUCAUUUGAACUCAUCAUGCGCUUCAUUAGCGCUCCCAACAAGAUGCACUUUUUUAAAGACAUCAUGAACAUCAUAGACUUCUUCGCAAUCCUGCCUUAUUUUGUCACGGUGGGCACGGAGCUAGCAAAGGACAAAGGUACGCAGCCCUCCGUGUCUCUGGCUCUCAUCAGAGUCAUCAGGCUAGUGAGAGUCUUCAGGAUCUUCAAGCUCUCUCGUCACUCCAAGGGCCUCCAGAUCCUGGGCCAGACGCUGAAGGCCAGCCUGAGAGAGCUUGCGCUGCUCAUCUUCUUUCUCUUCAUCGGCGUCAUACUCUUUUCUAGCGCCGUCUACUUCGCUGAGGUGGACAGUUCUGGAACAAACUUCAAAAGCAUCCCAGAGGCCUUCUGGUGGGCAGUCGUGACCAUGACUACAGUCGGGUACGGCGAUAUGUGUCCAGGGACAGUUGGGGGAAAGCUGGUGGGGUCCAUGUGUGCCAUUGCUGGCGUGCUCACCAUCUCUUUGCCUGUGCCUGUCAUUGUGUCCAACUUCAGCUACUUUUACCACAGAGAGAUGGAGUGUGAGGACACCAGGGUGUACCAGCAUGUCUCCACAUCGCUCUGGGAAAAGGAAGGAGAUGAUGAUGAAGAUGAGGAGGACGAGGAUGGAAUGGAUGAGUGGCCUGAAUAUAUGAGGGAUUACGCACCACUGUAUGGGCAGAACAGGGCUAUUUGCCCUCCGAUCAAUGGGCCUCUUUUGACAGGCCUUUGUGCAGGACAGGUAGAUGGGGAUCAGAGAGGCAUGGAGUUCCUCUUUAAGGAAUCUCGCGUCACUCAGGUCUGACAGACUGCAGAGUGCACACCCAUGGCAACACAUCAAGAAAACAGAGCCAAGAUAUAAAAAGAUACUGCUGAAAGGACACACAGAGGGAGACAUGAAAACCAAGAAGUGCAGUGACAUGUGAACAUAGUUUUAUAUGUUAAGCUUUUGCAUGAUUAUACUCGACUCACAGCUACUCACGAAGCAUCCGUUUUCCUCAGUAAAUAAACAGAAAAAAGUAAAAUGUUUCCAGAUGCCUCAAACAUUUUCUGUGCAUCUCACAUGAAAAAUAUUCCACCAGCUGCAAAAUGAUUUAAAUUAUAACCACCCC